AUGGCUGGGCAACACAGAGGUCCCGGAAGGCCCAGAACAAGGAAUGUGGAGCCCGAGCAACCAUCCGGAAGUGCAGGCGUGCCUUGGCAACAGAUGAUGCAGCAAAUGAUGCAGCAAAACCAGAUGAUGGCUCAAAUGAUGCAAGGCAUGCAAGGACAACAACCUCCUACUCAAGCUCCCGUUCCUCAAGCUGCAGCUGGACCAGAUUUUCGUGCCUUCUUCAGGAUGGAUCCUCCAGAGUUUGUUGGUGGACUUGACUCACUCUUGGCUCAUGAUUGGUUAGCUGGUAUGGAGAGGGUAUUUCAAGCUAUUCAGUGUACUGAAGAGGAGAAGGUGAUCUUUGCUACUCAGAAGAUGAAGGGACCAGCUCUUAGGUGGUGGAACACUGCAUCUACUUAUUUCACCACACAAGAGAUUCCUAAGGAUUGGCAACACUUCAAAGUGGCAUUCUUGGAGAAGUAUAUCCCUAAUAGUGUGAGGACUCAGAAGGAGCGAGAAUUCCAGAACUUCAAGCAAGGUGACAUGUCUGUUUCAGAGUAUGCAGAGAAGUUUGAGGACUUGGCAGACUACUCCAGACAAGCUGUUUAUGCUCCAGAUGAACUAUGCAAGAUUGAUCAUUUGAAGAGGGUUCAAGAAGAAAGGAACCAGAACAGGACUAACUUUAGGGAGCAAGGGAGAUCUACUCAAAACAUGAGGCCCCGUAAUCCUCCACCAAAGAUGAAGCAAAGCCACGGUGACCGUUUCCCCCGACCACCCUUUUGUGAUAAGUGUAGGAAGAAGCACACUGGAAAUUGUGAGGUUUAUCCUGUCAGAUGUUUUGUGUGUGGCGAGCAAGGUCACGUGAUGAGGAAUUGCCCGAAGAAGAGAUCUCCAGAAAAGACUGCAGGUCGUGUUUAUACUUUGGAUUCGAGGAAGGCCAAGGGAAACAACAAUCUCAUUGCGGUGAUCUUCAUUGAUGAUAUUCUUGUGUAUUCUCGUACUCCCGAAGAUCAUGAAGAACACUUGCGGAUUGUGUUAUCUACUCUGCGAGAGAAACAAUUGUAUGCCAAGUUCAGUAAGUGUGAAUUUUGGCUAUCCGAAGUAAGUUUUCUCGGUCACGUCAUCUCUGGAGGAGGCGUGGCAGUGGAUCCUUCUAAAGUAGAAGCGGUGGUGAAUUGGGAUAGGCCAAAGAGUGUGACUGAAGUCAGAAGCUUCUUAGGUUUGGCAGGCUAUUACCGGAGAUUUAUUAUGGGGUUUGCUAAGUUAGCCUUACCAUUGACAAAGCUUACGCGAAAAGAGGUUGCUUUUGAAUGGGACUCCGAGUGUGAGCAGAGUUUCCAGAAACUUAAGAAGAAGUUGACUACUGCACCCGUGUUAGUAAUUCUGGAUCCAAACCGAUCCUAUGAGGUGUUCUGCGACGCUUCUAAGAAAGGAAAGGCUAACAAAGUGGCAGAUGCGUUAAGUAGGAAGGAAUUUCGAGUUGCGGAGUUGAUGAUGUUAGAACAUGACUUAUUGGAAAGGUUUCGAAAUCUUAACCUUCAGUUUGAAUGGGCACCCAAUGGUGUGUUGAUCAGUAAUUUGAGCAUUCAGAAUGAGCUACGAGAAAGAAUUCGGAUAUUCCAAGGGUAUGAUGAGCAAUUGCAAGCGAGCGAAGGCAUGCCUGAUUUUGUGAGAGCACCUGAUGGAGUAAUCUUGUUUAAGCAACGGAUGUGUGUACCUAAUGAUUCUGAGUUGAAGCGUUUGAUUAUGGAUGAAGCACACAAGAGUUGA